UUCGCAUAAUAGCGAUAAUUUAUUAAGGCCUCAGUUUGUGCUCUCCGCCUCGGCCUUCGCCUUCGGCAGAUAACACAAAGCGUUGGCCUUGAUAAUUAUUGCUAUCAAGCUCAACCUUAUCCGAUAAUCGGAAUUAUUUCACAAUAUUGCAAUUGCGUAAUCGUGCGUCAAAUUAGUACACGUCAAGAAUCACAGCUGCAGUAAAAUGUGUCAUUAUUGCGCAACGUAUCAUUCAGGAACAUUGAAACACUGUUUUCGUUGCUUCUCUUAAGAGGAAAUUUGUCUGUUCUUGGUAGCAAACUAAUGUAUCAGUUUGGAAGGAGGGGAUUUCCUGCGAUGAAGUGAUGUUGGAAAUCCAGACGAACUGUCACGCCACCAGAGUGACAUUCCACGCGAUAUUACGAAACAAACAAUAGAAUCAUUCAAACAAAACCAGCAGCAACACGGAGAAACUCGACUGUUGUUGGCCCACUGGAUCCAAACGAAGCUGAAAGUUUCCCCAGAAACUCGCCUCCUGGUGAGUCUUCAUGGUCUGGAGAGAAACUUAUGGAUGAAGAAAGCUACUGCCAUCUGCCUAAAAGAGAGUACGGCCAUCUUCUAUUUGAGCGUGACCUUGCUGAAAGAAGUCUCAGAGUUGCAAAUUACCGGCUUUCCGACGAGCGACGAAAACAAAGAAACCAAAGAAGAUAUGGAGCUGUUGCAACUAAAAUUCAGCGAAACAGCAUGGAAAAUGCACACGAGGGACCGAACCAGUCUAGCCCCCGACUGAACUCGAAAUAUUCGAAAUUACCCUUAGAUCAUCACACUAGUGGAGCGGAAAAGAUGGAACUACAUAAUCAUCUUAACGGGAGCGCAAAUCACCUUAGCGAUAGCCAAAAAAGUAACUCUGAAGACGAAAACAAACACGGAAUCAAGGACGCCAAUAAUUGCGUUAACAGUUCUAAUGACAAUGACGAUUUUUUUGGUGAUGACGACAACCACGACAACUUUGCCAACAACUUUGGCUUUUUUGCCAAGAGUUGCACAGUUCAAGCGCCCCUAUAUCCACAUGCAGAAGAAACUUCUGUAGGGUCAGAAGAAACAGCGGAAUCUCUGAUUGACACCAUUGACGAGGACACGGGUAACUCUUGUGCUGAGAACAAUGAUGGUAGCCUAGCCAGUAGCAACAGUAUCACCAGCAAUAUUGACACUUCUUGUGAAAAUUCCAUCACCAGAAGUGACAAGAAAAAAGCUACAGACGUGCAGAAAACUAGCAGUUAUGAAAUAGGAAAUAAUGUCGAGUUUUUAGUGGAAAGAAACGGUGAAGCUAAAAGUCAAGGAGCAAGACCAAAGAAUCUUCUUCAGAAUCCAACGAUGUUCAACACAUUUUAAACAAACUAUCACGAUGGGAAGAUACCAUCAUUGGAGACAACUGGUAUUUGUCAAACUUUUCUUGCCCGGCACUCUACAGAUCCGAGUCUUCCGCAAAGUUUGUUUACAGAAAGUUACGACAUGCGCAACAGUUAUUCAAACGGUUGGACCCAACAUUCUGUAACCGGUAAUAGCAGGUCCCCUCCACACUGGAGUGUCCCCCGUUUGCGGGCUCCACAAAGAUGUGGGUUGAUGCUGGAGGACGCACAACCCAGGGGGUUGGGUCCACGGUACGGAGAUCCAAUGCUGGCAAAUUACCAACCUGUGAUACAAAUGGCGGGACAGUUCCCCUACGCCAGUGGCUUCAGCCAAACGAGCUUUUCAAGUUUUGGUGACUUUUAUGCAGGGAAUGGGACUCAGACAACAUCACCUUCACUCGGAGUCAGUCCUCUGGCGCCCGCUGUGAGAUAUCCAGCGGUUACCAUACCAAAUUCCAGGAUAAAUGUUCCGACCACGACUUCGCAAUACUCUUUAAGUUCGAUGUCUGCAAGUUUCCCUCUAGUUACUUCCACCAAUAUUGUGUUUAAUAGAGGGUAUAGAGAUACCCAAGAAAAAGGUGGCUUAAACUCAUCAGAUCUGGGUGAUUCAGAGAGACAGGAAGAGAGAUUACGGAACCAUGACCUUUUCAGUGGUCAUCAGGAGGGUUCAUUUGCGUCACUAUCGCUUAGGGAUCCUUUACUGGUUUCUCUUGAACAACAAGUGGCUGAAAUCGAUAGAGUUCUUAAAGAGCGAGAAGAACGGACCAAAAGGCAGAGAGAAGCAGCGCAAAGACAUAAGGAGAUAAGGGAAACGAGGCAAAGAGAGGCAAGAGAAGGAAAAGAGAGAGAAGAAAGAGAAAUGAGAGA